AUGGGGCCACCUUUGAAGUGUGAGCUGUUCCUCUUUUGGAACUUGUGGAGCGCUCCGGUUCUUCUCGCGCUGGUCGCCGGGGAAGCCGCGGCCGUGAUGGAGAACGUCACCGAUGACGUCAUCGUCGGCCGCUGCAUCGCUGUGCUGAAGAGCAUCUUCGGUCAUGCCGCCGUGCCGCAACCUAAGGAAUGUGUGGUCACUAGAUGGCGUGCGGAUCCCUUCGCCCGAGGCUCGUACAGUUUUGUCGCGGUGGGCUCGUCGGGAACGGACUACGAUUUGCUGGCUGCGCCCGUGCCCGGCUCACCCGGAGACAACAGGCUGUUCUUCGCUGGUGAGCACACAAUGCGCAACUACCCAGCCACGGUUCACGGCGCGUUCCUCUCAGGCCUGAGAGAGGCCGGUCGCCUUGCAGACCUUUUGCUGCCUCAGCCGCCGAUCACCAACGCCAGUGUGGCAGCCGCCACAGCCGCCGCCAACCAGGCUUCUUGAUUUUACGACGUACUGAAGAAGUGUGUGCUUCUUUAAUUAGUAGACUACAGAACAAUAGAAUACCUUAAGGUUCCACAACAGACGCUACGUACGAAUCAUUGGAUAUGACCCUCUUAAAGUUCCUUGCUCAAUCCGCUGACUGAUGAAUGACUUUCUGAAGAAGUGUGUGUUGCUGCCUUACCCGGCGAUCACUAACGCCAGUGUGGAGGCCACCACAGCCGCCGCCAACCAGGCUUCUUGAUUUUACGAUGUGCUGAAGAAGUGUGUGCUUCUUUUAGUUUAGACUACAGGACAUAGACGCUACGGCCAAUACCCCCAUUAGGUUCCACAAUAGACGCUACGUACGAAUCAUUGGAUAUAACCCCCUUAAAGUUCCUUGUUCAAUUCGCUGCUAACCAGGCCUCAUGAUCCUAUGACUUUCCAAAGAAGUGUGUGCUUCUUUAGUUUAGACUACUGGACAAUAGACGCUACGGUCAAUGCCCCCUUAAGAUUCCACACUAGACGCUAUGUACGAAUCAUUGGCCCUUUCAAAGUUCCUUGUUUAAUUCGCUGCUAAAGGCCUCAUGAUCCUAUGACUUUCUGAAGAAGUGUGUGUUCCUGCCUCAGCCGCUAAUCACCAACGCCAAUCAGGCUUCUUGAUUUUACGACAUGCUGAAGAAGUGUGUGCUUCUUUUGGGUAGACUACAGGACAAUAGACCCUACAUACUAUACCCCCUUAGGUUCCUUAUUGAAUCCGCUCAAGAAGUAUUAAACACUGAAAAAGUGUGUGUUGCUGCCUCAAACCGCUGAUCAUCAACGACAGCGUUUCUAUGACUUGCUGAAGAAGUGUGUGCUUCUUUAAGAUAGAAUACAGAAUAAUAGAUG